ACAUGAUCACACGUUACAGUUGGGUAAUUUUGAGGCGGAGAUGACCGUAAUUUAGACAGAUAUUUUAGUGGUAGAAUUUAGAUAACGGCACUUGCGAACAAAGUGAUGGCGAGAUCAGUACCGCUAGGAAUUAGGCUAUUACCCGCUUUGCCCGGGGUUGAUAGAAAUGUUGCUUACAAGUUUUUUAUUCUGGUCUUCACAUUUUUCUGUUACAUGAGCUACCAUCUGUCUAGGAAACCAAUCAGCAUUGUCAAGUCAGUUUUGCACAGAAAGAAUUGUUCUAUACCACUUCUACCAACUGAAGUGGCAAAGUUUGAUAAUUCUACAGACUGUGACUGGGCACCAUUUAAUCAUGGUGAUUUUGCAACACUUCUGGGAAGUCUUGACUUGGCAUACUUAUUUGCAUAUGCAGUUGGAAUGUUCUUCAGUGGGCAUAUUGCUGAACGGAUGAAUUUACGGCAUUUCUUGUCUCUGGGAAUGAUAACGAGUGGUAUUCUCACUGCAGCCUUUGGCAUGGGUUAUUUUCUCGGUAUUCACAUGCUGUGGUACUAUAUUCUUGUUCAGAUUAUAGGUGGUUUAGUUCAAUCAUCUGGCUGGCCAAGUGUGGUGGCCUGUGUAGGUAACUGGUAUGGCAAGGGAAAACGUGGAUUGAUCAUGGGAAUAUGGAACUCACAUACAUCUGUAGGAAACAUUUUAGGGUCUCUCAUUGCGGGGGUCUGGGUGAAUCAUGCAUGGGGCUGGUCCUUCAUUGUUCCCGGAAUUAUAAUCGGCUGUCUUGGGAUAUUGGUUUUCUUCUUUCUUGUGCCAGAACCAGGGGCAGUUAAUUGUGACCGGCCUGUUCACCAUAUAGCGGGAGAAGAGCAAAAUGGUGCUCAGUCAACUGACGGUGUUGUAACAGUGUUAAAAACUGAACAAGCACCUGUUGCCCAUCCUGAUGUUAAUUGUAACGAAAAAAUUAAUCUUGGUUUUAACGACUCUGAUUUGGAUAAGAAAAAGAUAGAUUUAAGCGAAGUAAUCAUUGACCCUAGUCGGGCAGUGGUCACUUUUAAUGGCGAAAAAGUUGUUUUGUCAAAUUGGUGUAAUGGGGCAGUUUUAAAUGGGUCAGUUCAAAAUGGACCACAUCUGACCAAUGAUGAAGUACAUGAUAAACAUCAGGGUGGGGCAAGACCAUUCCCGGAACUGGUUACUAAUACAGGAUUGCCUACUAAGGAGGAACCUUUGAUGAGAACUGGAGAUGAUGAUAUAGACCAUAAAAAGGAUGAAGCCAUUUCUCUAUUCAAAGCAUUGAUGAUUCCAGGUGUGAUAGAGUUCUCUUUGUGUUUAUUCUUUGCAAAACUUGUCAGCUACACAUUCCUGUUUUGGCUUCCAAAAUAUAUCUCAUAUAAAACUAGUUAUGAUGCUGAAGUUGCCGGUGACUUAUCAACCUUGUUUGAUGUAGGAGGUAUUGUGGGUGGAAUAACUGCUGGUUUGAUAUCUGAUUUCACUCGAGGUCGUGCUUCAACAUGCUGUGUCAUGUUGUUAUUGGCUGCACCAAUGAUGUUUUUAUACAAUGAAUAUGGAAGUAUUAACUAUGCUCAUAGUGUUGGUUUAUUAUUGAUCUGUGGUUUCUUUGUGAACGGUCCCUAUGCUCUGAUCACCACAGCUGUAAGUGCUGAUCUAGGCACACACAAGAGUCUGAAGGGCAACUCGAGGGCUCUCGCCUCAGUCACGGCUAUCAUUGAUGGCACAGGCAGUAUAGGAGCUGCUAUCGGACCUCUGUUGACAGGUGUUAUAUCACCGACCGGCUGGAACAAUGUAUUCUGGAUGUUAAUAGCUGCCGAUGGUUUAGCCAUGGUGUUUUUGAUACGACUGGUGACGAAGGAGAUACAGUUGUGGCGUUUGACAGGCUGUACCAGACAGAUAGAUGAUGUCUCAGUCAAUGUUAAUAUACAAAAUACAUUAUAGGAUUUACACACUAGAAUUUGAUAGGUUGAACUUUAUUUAAGGCAAAGAAAAGUAUUUUUAUACAGCCAUGAUAACAUAUAUAAUGAAAAGAGCUGGAAAAACAUGACUGAUAUGUUGUUUUUAAUAGUUAUAGAAAUAUAUAUAAUUAUAUAGAUAGCUAUGGAAUGUAUUGACUUUUUUUUAUAUAAAAAUGACUUUUAUAAACACAAGUUCAGCGUAUCACUUUGUUAUGUGUUUUUUAGGUAAGUUAUCUCCCUUAAAUCUAUAUAAAUUAGGGAUGCAAUGGUUCACUGAAGUUCGGAUCUAUACACUUCUUUGAAUCAAUUAUCAGAUUUUGGAUUUAGUCAUUUAUUAUUAAUUAUAGUUAAUAUUCAAUGCAAGCAUUAAUCAUACAAUAGUUUGUUACAACAGCAAAAUAACUUGUUCAAGUUAAUUCAUCCAAGUCAGAUCUGGAAAAAAUGUCUAGAUCAUUAAAAGUAUAAUGUAAAAAUUUGAAUCGAAUAUUUGAUAAUCGAGAACGUUAUAAUUAACUGAAAUCUUAUCUGAAGUGAACCGCACCUGAACCAUUGCAGCUCUAAUAUAAAAUAUAAAAGACUAACAAAAUGUGACCAGUCUGAAAACCAUAUGCUUAAAUGGUUAACUCCAUGCACUUCUUUCUUUUAGAUUGACCACUACUUUAAUUAAGCCGAUAAAUAAUUCACUGACCUAUUUAUUAGCUGAUCUGUAGGAGCACUUACAAUGUAGCUUUUCUCCUCAAUUCACAUCGUACCUGUUCAGCAGGAGCAUUUAGUUUGAAAAUUACUAAGUCAAGACUGUAAGCUGUCUUGUGUGUGUGAUAAAAUUUAUUAGGUAAAUCACUAUUAUCUUUUAUUGAUUUGAAGUUCGGAACUGUUUAUAUUUGAAUGCUUAUGAAUGACAAGGAUAUCUUAACACAGAAAUUAUUUUCUGAAAUUUUACUGUGCUAAGUAUUAUAAUAAAUUAUUACUUGUCCAGUAUUAGGUUCAACUUAAAUGACAAAGUAUAAACUUUUUUAUCUUUCUUAAAAAAAAACACUUAUAGAAAAACCUGCAUGCACACAUGUAAGCUUUCACCCAUAUAUUUCUAAAAAUGCACCUUUUAUACUCGAAAGAGAAAAAAGAUUUUUAUAUGGUAAAGGUGUAUGUAUAAUACAGUAUAAGUAGAAAAGUCAGUUUCAAA